GCUAGAUCCGGAAGUUCCUGCGGAUUACAGGAAAUGGUCGCGGGGACAAGCUACAGUUAACUGCGUUGAUUGACCCUCGAGUUCCUGUUUGCCAGAGGCCGCCAUGUCACGUGCACGUCCACCCCCGCUGGUCACAGGCAUCUCCCCCAAGGAAGGAGCAGCAUGGACCAAAGUCACAAUCCGUGGGGAAAACCUAGGCACGGGUCCAGCCGAUCUUAUUGGUCUAUCAAUCUGCGGGCACAACUGCAUGCUGACGGCCGAAUGGAUGUCCGCCAGCAAAAUAGUGUGCCGCGUGGGACCUGCCAAAGACGAUAAGGGGGAGAUCAUCGUCACCACCAAGUCGGGAGGUCUGGGCACCUCGACCGUGUCGUUCAAGCUCCUCAGGCCGGACAGGAUCGGUAUCCUGGACCAGUCGGCGGUGUGGGUGGACGAGUUUAACUAUUACGACAUGAGGACGGACCGCAACAAAGGAAUUUCCCCGCUCUCCUUGCGUCCCAGCAAUCCGCUGGGCAUCGACAUAGACAAAGGAAAAAUCCCACAGAAAGACAUCGAUCAGAUUUUUCCAGGAAUGAGUGGAGACUUCACCAGUGAGAAUUUCUCUGCCACCUGGUACCUCAUAGAGAACCACACAGGCUCCAGCUUUGACCAGUUGAAGAUUGGAGCGAAUAACCUGAAGAAGCAGGCCACCAAAAAGAACGAGGGGAGUCUGGCUUACGUGAAAGGAGGCCUCAGUACUUUCUUUGAGGCUCAGGAUGCUCUCGCAGCUAUUCACCAGAGGCUGGAGUCCGAUGGCACGGAGAAGGUGGAGGGAUCGAUGACCCAGCGGCUAGAAAACAUCCUCAAUCGGGCAAGCGAUACAGCAGAUACUCUGUUCCAAGAGGUUUUGGGAAGGAAAGACAAGGCGGACUCCACCCGUAAUGCACUAAACGUCCUGCAGCGUUUCAAGUUCCUCUUCAAUUUGCCCCUCAACAUUGAACGCAACAUCCAGAAGGGCGACUAUGAUGUCGUGAUCAAUGACUAUGAAAAGGCCAAAUCUCUUUUUGGCAAUACCGAAGUCCCAGUAUUCAAAAAAGUUUACGCCGAAGUAGAGACGAGGAUUGGAGCUCUGAGGCGUCUCCUGUUAGAGAAGCUUCUGCAGACGCCCUCAACACUUCAUGACCAGAAAAGAUACAUCAGGUACCUGUCAGACUUGCACGCCCCGGGUGACCCAGCCUGGCAGUGCAUUUAUGCUCAGCAUAAGUGGAUCUUGCAGCUGAUGCAGGACUGCAGGGAUGAGUUCCUCAGUGGCCAAAGAGGAGGCGUCAGGGCUCUGGACCUGGAGGGGGAUACCCGGCCACCAACGCUUGGCCGACUGAGCCACACAUCGUCUCUGAACAGGGGGGGCAGUCUGCAUUCGUCACGACCCAACACGUGGCGCUUUGAAACCCCUCAGCUGGUGCAGUUUGUGGGGAAGCUUUCAGACGUUGUGAUUGGUCAGCUCCCCAACUUCUGGAAGCUUUGGAUCUCCUACGUUAACGGGAGUCUGUUCAGCGAGACAGGAGAGAAGUCUGGUCAGGUGGAGAAAUCAAAGAAGAACGCUCGGCAAAGACAGAACGACUUUAAAAAAAUGAUUGAGGAGUUGACCAAUCGGCUUGUGAGGCUCAUUCGGGGAGCUCUCCUCCCCACCACUCUGCCACCUGCAGAGCUGAAUUUUUACGGAGGCUGGGAGGGCAAAACAGAGCUGACGGGGGUCUGGCUGACCCAGAUCAUCCACACAGUCAGGGGUUGCCAUGAAGCACUCUCUGCUCUGGAGAUCCCAAAUGAUCUCCUGCAGGUUAUCUCGGAUCUGCUGCUGGAUCUGAGAGUCCACUGCCUCAUGAUGACGCUGCUGCACACCACAGAAGAUGUGAAGAGACUCGCUGUGAAGGAAGACUGGGUUGUAGACAAUGAAGGAAUCACCAGCCUGCCUUACCACUUUGAACAGUGCGUGGUCCAGAUGUUGCAGUCCUUCAAAGAACCUCUGGAGACCAAACCAGGAGAAAUCAAUGUGCUGCAGUUAGACCAGGUCCAGGACCAGGCAGCAGAGCUCAUAGUGACCAUCAUGACGGCUUUUAUAAACUGUCUGGAGCAGCUGAGCAUGAAAACGGAUGGAGACAUCCAAGUCUCUCACAACAUUUCUGUAGAUCUGUCCUCUCCAGACCGCUUCGCAGCCGCCCACGAGGACUUCAGUCCAACUUCAGAGCAGCGUUUGCUGAUCAUUCUGAGCAACUGCCAGUACCUGGAGAGACGCACCUUCCUGAACUUGGCGGAUCACUUUGAAAAGCACGGCUUCACGGGAACAGAGAAGAUCACGCGGGUGAGCAUGGACGCCAUCCGAGAGCUGGACCGGAAACUCUUUGAAGCUUACAUCGAGCGGCGUGCCGACCCCAUCGCCGGCUCCCUAGAGCCUGGAAUCUACGCUGGAUACUUUGACUGGAGGGACUGCCAGACGCCGUCAGGUGUGAGGAACUACCUAAAGGAAGCUCUUGUGAGCAUCAUCGCAGUCCAUGCUGAGGUCUUUACAGUCUCCAAGGAUCUGGUUCCUCCGGUUCUCUCGAGGAUCGUGACAUCAGUUGCAGAUGAGAUGUGUCGCCUGAUGCAGUGUGUGUCCUCUUUCAGCAAAAACGGCGCCCUGCAGGCCCGGCUUGAGCUCUGCGCCCUAAGAGACGCUGUGGCCACAUACAUAAACCCUGACAGCAACACCAGCUUUAAACUGGCUCUGGAGGCUCUGCCUCAGCUCCACAGCGGAGGCGAUAAGAAGUUGCUGGAAGAGCUGCUCAACAAGUUCAAGAGCAGCAUGCAUCUCCAGCUCACCUGCUUCCAGUCGUCCAACAUCCCGCUUGUCAAAAGAUGACCUGCUUUUUGCUCCACCACAGCGCCACUCUACUCUCCUUUAUCUGCUCACAGUCAUCUAACGAACCGUAACUUUAUCUCCUCAUCUAUCAUUAUAUUGUUUACUCAUCUGUUCUUUUUAUUUUUUUAUUUUUUUUUUUACAGUGUCACUUUCAAUUUCUGCUUCACCAAAAGAAACACACACAUGUCUGUUUAUCUGAUCUGACACUAAAUGAGUGGAUUUCAUUGUUACUGUGCAGGACAGUCCCAGCUGUUGCGUAUGCUAAUCGCUCCACUCAAGUAGUUUACAGGCAGGAGAUGUUGAUUGUCUAAAAAAAGAAAAAAAGUUCUGAAGCAUGUCAGGCAAAUACAUGUCUAAGUAGCUGGGAAUAUCUGCGAUGUGAUUUAUCCAAUAAAAUGAAUCAACUUGA